AUGACUAUCGGCCAAGUCGCUGCUUGGCAGAUUUUACCUGAUGAUGGUAGUACGAAGGUGGCAGGAUACAACACGGCGUUGUGUAUACUUGCAGGUGGUUUUGAUAACAGUACGAUAAUUGCUCAAGGCGAUAAUGGUGGUAUGGUUAUAGUUAACCCGCAAGGCGUUUCAAACCAGACCAUCGCAAAUCGGGUGAUUAUGCUUUGUAGGGAGAGAUUCGGUAACAACAUAACAUUGUCCAGUUACAGGUACAGCAACUAUGAAGACUAUUACACUCCGAUAGCUAACAUUGUUGAAGCACUUGACAAUAUUGAUUUAUUGCCGGAAUUUUCGAGAGAUACAUAUGAUCCAGCGCAGUACAAUUACUUGGCUACGGGCAAUAACUAUCAACGCACUCAAGCCAACGGUUUUGGACGAGCUGGUCCUUGGAAUGGUCUAGCGGCUUGCCACACUCUCUGA